AUUGCCGGCUCCGCUAGAGACGCGCGCAAGCUCGUGGAACUCAAAACGCUUCGAUAUCUAUAUCUCCCCACAGAAUCAUCGUGUAGCAAAGCUAAAGUUGACCAGCAUUCCCGACUCCUUUCUUCGUUCGGAAACAAAAAUAGGAUAGCAUUUUCUCUCAUCGUCACUUCGCGAAAAUCGUGUGUGGCCUCCUUCUUCUAUCAAGGUGCUUCGUUAAGAAUAAACACGAGCGCAGAUUCACGUGCGUGGUUUUCCUCCCUGUGAGUGUGCAAUUGGAGCUUCUUGGUUUUAAAAGGGAUAGGAUUCAAAUAACGAGAUGAGCACGCCAGUGAAAAAGGUGCCAAUUCAUCUGCAGAGCGCACAGAAUCGGCUGUUGAUAAAAAAUGGAAAAAUUGUCAAUGAAGAUGGCAUGAUUGACAGCGAUGUCUACGUCGAAGAUGGCAUCAUUAAGCAACUUGGACGAAACCUUAUUAUACCAGGUGGAACGAGAAAAAUCGAUGCUAGAGGAAAAUAUGUUAUGCCUGGAGGAAUCGACCCACACACGCACUUGGAAUUCGAAUUCAUGGGGGCCACUUCUGUCGAUGAUUUUUAUCAGGGUACUAAAGCUGCGGUCGCAGGUGGAACCACCAUGAUCAUGGACUUCGUCAUUCCAAGGAGAGGCGAAAGCCUACUGGAAGCCUAUGAUAGGUACAGAGCUAAUGCAGAUGAAAAAGUCUGUUGCGAUUACAGUUUGCAUGUUGCAAUCACAUCCUGGAGUCCAAAGGUGAAGGAAGAAAUGACGAUAUUAGCAAGAGAUCAUGGCGUGAACAGCUUCAAAUUUUUUAUGGCUUACAAAGACAUGUACAUGUUGAGAGAUCCAGAACUGAUCGAAGCCUUCACUUUAUGCAAAAAUUUGGGUGCAGUUGCUAUGGUCCAUGCAGAAAAUGGAGACCUUAUAGCCGAAAACACGAAAAAGUUAUUAGCUGCGGGUGUAACUGGUCCGGAAGGUCACGAGAUGUCUCGUCCUGAAGAAGUCGAGGCGGAAGCCGUAAACAGAGCUUGUGUUAUAGCCAACCAGGUGAAUUGCCCGUUGUACGUGUCAGCGGUGAUGAGCAAAUCAGCCGCAGACGUGAUAUCUGCCAAGCGAUCAGAAGGUGUCGUCGUUUAUGGAGAACCAUUAGCGAGUAGCGUCGGAGUUGACGGUAGCGAACAGUAUGGCAAAGAUAUCAAUAAAGGCAGGCGUUUUGUUACGAGCCCUCCGUUGAGACCGGACUCGACUACUCCGGCCUACCUGAUUGAACAGUUAGCUCAGGAUGGACUCCAGGUAACCGGAAGUGACAACUGCACCUUUAACAGUGAUCAGAAAGCCCUUGGCAAGGACGACUUUACAAAAAUUCCAAAUGGUGUCAAUGGAGUCGAAGACAGAAUGUCCGUUGUUUGGGAAAAGGGUGUCCAUGCAGGAAUUAUGGACCCAACGAGAUUUGUAUCCGUAACUAGUACAAAUGCAGCCAAAAUUUUCAAUUUAUACCCAAGGAAGGGGUUGGUAGCCGUCGGUUCGGACGCAGACCUCGUCGUCUGGGAUCCAAGCAGGAAACGAACUAUUUCCGCCCAAUCGCACGUCCAGGCCGUUGACUUUAAUAUCUUUGAGGGAAUGGAAAUUAAUGGAGUUCCUGAGUACGUGAUCGUUAAUGGACGCAUUUGUGUAGAUGAAUGCAACUUAAAGGCUGUACAUGGCUAUGGAAGAUUCGUGGAUACUCCAGUUUAUCCACUUUAUGUUUAUGAUCUAGUCAAUGACAAAGAAAAACGGCUCAGGGGAGUGCCAAGAAAUGAAGCUGAUGUUGGGAAAUACGCUGAUGAAGAUGCAGCCAUACUAAGGGCGAAAGAAGCAGCGAGAGCUGCAGCUGCAGCUGCAAUAGCAAAUGCUUCAAGAAUGAACCAUACCAAUGGCAAUGGUAAUCAUGAUUCUCCAAGAUCGAAAGUUUCCUCAAUUUCGUGUACACCAACCUUGCCAGAAUCGGCAGUUUUUACUCCAUCAGGAAAGGGUCCUCGCCUGGAAGGUCAAAGGAACCUGCAGGAUUCUACCUUCUCAAUUAGUGAGGACACAGAUGAAUCUCGAAAGUCGUGCAUCCGUGUCAACAAUCCGCCAGGUGGUCGCAGUGCAGGUGGUUUUUGGUAAUUUCGUAAAAUCGAGAUUCAUUACAACAACGGUAUUUAAUUAAUAAUUAUAAUAUACACAUAACUAUCUCCUCCCAUUUACCUCACCCUUCCUCAAUUCCUUGCUUCGAAGAGCUCGAUAGCCUUUUCACUCACCAACUACAGUAUAAGCAUCACAAAGCUUUCGCCACUCUCGAAGUUUCAAAAACCAUGUCUAAAAAAUUGGACGUCAUCUUUCAAUCUUUGUACAUCAGACAUACUUCGUUUCCAUACACUUCAUAAUCCUCAUUCUUUCAUGCCGGCCUUGAAACAUUCAACGUCCCAAACCUGCACAAAAUUCAUUUAGAUGCACUGAAUAUUAUUUAAAUACAGCCAAUAUUAAUUAAGUAGGGUGCUUGUAAUUUGUCAUCGAUACUGAAAGUUUCAAGGCCUAAGUUGUGGGCAUCUUAAGUUAUUUGUAUUUAAUAAGCUCUUAGAAUUAUUUAACGAAGUAAAAACUUUAGGAUGUACUUCAUAUGCAAUCAAUACAAAAAUUAAUAAAAUCUUUAUAAUCAUUUAUAAAGUCAAAGAAAAUAGAACUAUUUUUCAUCGUUUCGAAUUUCAAAAGUGAUAAUCAACGAAUUGUACGUUUUCCUCGAUUCUAUAUAUCAUUAUAAAAAUGAUCAAUUUUUUGAAUUGUGUGUACAAGACUUACACCCUUAAGAAGAAAAAUCACAAAGGACGAGUUAAGUUUUGUUACAAGCAAAGUUCCCCGUGAUUAUAUAACUUUUGUUGUAUUUUAUCUUUUCUGUAAACUUGACAAGCCAAGUUAAAAUUAAGACAUCGCAAAUAACCGAUUCUAGAUUAAUGUGGAUAUUUAUCAUUGUUAAUUGUUACGUUUAAGUCGACCUAAUUGGAAUUUUGCUAACGAAUAUAUUGUGUUACAUUCAACGCAUGGAACAAACAGGGGAACUUUAAUAAAAUUCAUUAAAGCUCCAUUAGAAAGUAUAAUCUUUAAUCAAAAUUAAAAUAAAAAAGUAUUGAAUUUGCUCUAAAGAUUAUUUGUUACUGAGGAUUAUAUGACUUGUUAAUAAAAUGCAUUUUAUUAUAGAUUGUACUGUAUAGCAAUUAUUGUAUUGAUUAAAUACAGUUUAUACUGAAUGUCUAAUUAACGUUAAAAGAAUGACACUGACUAGUAUUAUGGAACUUUCGGAAAAAAACAACCAGUCAAGUAUAGCGUAUUACGGAAUUUUCCGUAACGUUAGCUCUGAACGAGCUGGAAAGGAGGUGGUGAGUCUUGCGGAAAAUUCCGCAACAAUAGGCAGUUCGUAAAAAAUUUAAAUUUAGCUUCAAAAUUUGGCGAUUUGUAUCAUUAUAGAGCUAAUAAAUAAUGCGCCUUAUAACAAGUAAAAGAAUUUAUUUAUACAAUUCUAAUCAAAUGCUUUAAACACAAAAUGAUAGUUAAGUUUUAAGAAAGAGGUUUUUGUGCAAUAUUUAACUUUCUUUUAUUAAGAGUCGUUCCAUGCGUUGAGACUAUUUGCAGAUUAUAUGAUUUUGUGUUGAUCUCAAAAUAAUUAAAGGGUACUUAACAAAAUUUUAAGAAAUUAAUUUUUUACUAUGUGCCCUCUAAUCGUUUUAAUUAGAAUAUAUUGGCGAUUUGAGGAAGGUACGUAAAUGGAUAACAGAGAAGAGCUUGUUGCGAAUAUGGAAACUCAGUCGCUUUGCGCCUUUGUAUAAUUCUAAAUUAUAUUCCAAAAAACUGCAGCCAUAUCCUCUUUGAAAAAAAGACAAAAACUUGAACUCAGCUAACAUGUUUGAUACAUCUUGCGAUUUUAUAGAAAUUUUACAGUCAACCAAAGAAUCAAUUCUUCUCAAUUUCAGACCAAUUUUAAUCUGAAAGUGUCUUAAAGUAGCUCGAGUGGAAAUUGAAAAAAUCAAUGUGUUCACAUUUUCGAAUUCGAUAAAAAAAUUUAUAUUCGAAAGACCUAGUUCGAUUAGAAAAGUAGUUACAUGUCCUGAGGACGUUUGAAAAUGUCCUUUAGACAUUACAAAAAUUUGAGUAAAAUAUUGCCAUUUCUAAAACAUUUUGUACAAAUACUUGAACGUAAAAUCCAUAGCAAAAUUGUAAUCUUGAUUUGGUUGAAAAAGAAGAGUUUCAAACAAUUUCUUUUGAAUUUUUCGUCCGAAUCAAUUUUUACGAGUUUUCUUUGAAUUCGCGAAGUAAAACUGACUGCAACUUUAAGACCUAAAAUAACCAUAGACUGCUGAGAAUUGUAGUAGAUACGUUUUUAGUAACGCACAACGUUAUUUAUUUAAACUAUAAAAAUACAUUAACAGAAUCGUAUUGAAAUAAUGGAGAAUAAUAGGAACUUACGAUUAUGUUUAUAAUUACCCAAAAUGUAAAUCAAAAUGCUUACUAUAAAUAAAAUUGUAUUAUU